CUUGGCUCCGACCCACUCUUCUUACGCCACUUGGUGCGUCGGUUCUGGAACCACACCUGCAGGAGAGAAAGAGCAGGGAGUAGGCCAGCUUGGCUCUCUCGGGCCCGGGCAGGUACUUGGUGCGCUCAAACGUCUUCUCCAGGAUGAAGAUCUGGUGCCCGCUAAAGACUUCCCCUCAGACGGCACAGCGAGACCCCAUUCAACCCACAGAGGCAGGACACUGAGGAGGAUGAAGGCACUGCCUGGUACAAAUGAGGCCCACUGGCCCCCCCACAGCUGUGGGCGUGGCUGCCUGGGGCCUCUGGCCUUCCACACGGUGGCCGUGGGGGCGCGGCUCUCCCUCAGCCAGGGGGCCCGACGGGCGGAGAGGGCCAAGGACACCUUCCAGCAGGGGCUGGCGUUCAGCUGCCGGCCGGUGCAGGUCGGGGAGAGGAUCCGUCUGCGUGUGGAGCGGAGUGACCAGCACUGGGAGGGGGCGCUGCGUCUGGGGUUCACCUCCGUCCUCCCCUCGUGCGCCUCUGUCCCCGCCAUGGCCUUACCCGGCCUCACCGCCACGCCCGGGUCCUGGGUGGCGCCCAUUCCGGCGGUGUAUGCCCAGCUGGGCAUGGAGGUGGAGUUCUGGGUGAAGGCCUGUGGGAGGGUCUUCAUUGAGGGCUCUGACCGCAAGCGCUACCUGCUGCUGGAGGGAGUGGACGUCAGGCAGGAAUUAUGGGCCGUGAUCGAUGUGUACGGGCAGACACGCGCUGUGCAGCUGCUAGGAUCAAAGAAGGGAAAGUUUUGGGUCCAAAGGUCUUGCCCCGUCCCGCCUCCUGCCCGUGUCUCUCCUGGGGACAGCUGCCUGUGUGUCUAUAAUGGACGGCGCUGUCAGCCUCGCCAUAGCUCCACCUCCCAGCAAGACCCGACAUCGCCCCCUGCAGGCUGGAACCAGCAGGAGGACUGCUCCGUCUGUUUGUCUGAGAAUGCUUCUGUGUUCCUGCCCUGUGGUCAUCGGUGCCUCUGUGAACCGUGUGCGGUUAGAGUGACCGCAGAGUUCACGACCUGCCCCCUGUGCCGCUGUCCAAUCGUGUGACUGAGCGGCUGACUGCAAAGAGGGUCGGGAGGAGGCGCAGGGAGAGGAAGAGCCACGCCCCUCCGAAUCGUUGGCCCUGAUGGGGUGAACCUGUCAUAAGCGACAUGCAGAUCCCGGUGUUGUGGUCCCACGAACAGACGCCAUGCCUACCAUGUAGGACAGGCACAGAUACGCUGCUAAGGGGUUUUGGGAUUGCACUUGACAACAGGGAUUUGACCAGGAAUGACCGGUGUCUGCUCAAAGCAGCAUAGUGGUGUAAAGUCAUGUUUAGAUGACGGAUGGUUGUAGGUUUGAAUCCUGUGUUUGGCACUACAGCUGCUCUUAAGAUGAACUGCUUCCAGGGAUAUCCAGCUAUUUAAACCCACACAAUCCUGUGUAAUCAUGCUGUGAUUGUGAAAUGAAUGAAUGCAAAUAUGCCUACCUAAACAUGCAAACCUAAAAUCCUCUGUGUUGAGGCAAGAUUGUAAACCGUUCACAUAUU